AUGAGAUUCCGUAACUAUGAUGCUCUUCGUAGAGAGCAUGAUGCCCAGAUUGUGCAGAUAGCAAUGGAGGCAGGAUUGCGUAUAUCACCAGAACAAUGGUCCUCACUAUUGUAUGGUGAUCUCAACCACAAAUCACACAUGCAGUCAAUCAUUGACAAGUUGCAAACUCCAGCCUCAUUUGCUGCAAGUAUUCAAGAGUUGACAAUUGCUUUGCAACGAUCAGGGGACCCAGGAAACCUUGGCAAGCUCAGAUGUCAGCUGGACCGGUUAGGUGAAAUAGACCCAAACUCAGAUGCAGGGGCUCCAAGUUGGAGUGAGUUAGAGAAGGCCAUGAUUGCAGUCAAAGUCGUGGUACAGGGGUUGGUGAAUUUUGUGCAGAACCACAGUCUGAACAAGAAAGCAUUGGAGCAGCAGCAAACACAAAACAUAAAGUACAAGACGAGCAUGUGCAGGGAUAUUUCACAGAAAGCAGGUUGUCCUCGUGGAAGUAGCUGUACAUUUGCUCAUUCAGAAGAGGAAGUAGAGCGCGUCUCACCUCCGUGGGACUCGCUCCAGGAGCAGUACUCCGUGGUAGAAAAGCUAGUUUUUUUAGGGUCAGUGUACUCCGAGAGAAGUACUCCCGGCCGUUGUACACCUAAAAUGGGUGAACCCAUGAAAAGUACAUCACACUCGAAGCCAACGACUGCAACUUCACUCAGUCCUCAGGCGAAGAUUUCCUCAGGAUCCUCUACGCCUCAACAAUCUUCUGGAGUGUUAGCCCAGGCAGGUGAACUCAGAAUUAAAUCUUUCUCCGGCCCAAUCUUCGCGUUCCGGGCGCUCUGGUCCCCCGCCCGUCGGGCGGACGGACCAGGGACUAGGAAUGAGGGAAUCACAGUCCACCUCAUUUACUGA